GAAGCUGUACAUCAGGACAAUGGUGGAUGCGUAAGAUUAGCCUUUGUACCCAAGUGGUGACUGUCCCAAUGAAGCCGUUGCCACCGAAUUACAGUUCACUUCCGGUACUCCUGUAGCAUCUCCUCCAUCGAUUUGCACCCGCGCAUCACCACCAUAAUGUUCCGUAAUUUCAACGCAUGGUUUGCGCCAGAACUGGACGCGUACAAGGCUACCUGGACCAAGAACGGUGGCGAGGAACAGGCACUCGAAAAGGCCGAUAUUGCCUUUGUCACCGAUCGUACACCCUCCAGUUCAGACAGGCUAAAGCCCACCAUGAAGAUCCUACGGCCAGACUGGAUUGAAGAUUCUGUCCGUGGCGGCAGACGUUUAUCCCUACAGCGAUAUAAAGGAGCCUUUCCUGGACUUCGGAGGCUGGAUUCCAGUCAGUUUGAGGGCCACUUGGCUGUUGGUUUGGAUGCGCUUGCGAGUACCAACAUUUUAUCGCUCACACCAGCUUCCGAUCAUCUACAUCAGCCAGAGACAGGAAUUGAAGAACUGUCAUAUUCAGAUGGCAGCGCUGCCUACUUCAACCCUUCAGCAACAAUGGGACGUACCAUCGAUACAUCUGGAAGAGGCACGAGUCUGCCCGAACUGCCUCAGGAAUCGACUCUAGGGACAUCGACGCAAUUCAUGGGCCACUGCCAAACUUCGCAUCUAUCUUCUAGCCAAAAAGAAAAAGAAGAACGGGAUGAGCAGGAAAAGCAUGUUGGAACACCACGGGAGAGCUCAGGUACAUACGAAUACGCAAUGGACAGCCAGUUAGAUAAAGAGCAAAAGCGAACCUUUGUCGAACGGACAACGAGGCCAUUACCGCAUCCAGAAGUCAUUGUUGUCGGCGCUAGCUCGACGGCAGGCACAUUGCCUUCAGUAGAAAUUCAGCCGACAGCUACGAGGAAGAGGCAGCUCCCCGAAACGGUGAUAAGGCGCAAAAGAGUAUCUCCAGCUGUACGUGACAUGCGGAACGACAAAAGCUUUUUCGACGAUAGUAGUCCUGAAAGAGAAGUAAUUCAGCAGUAUCAACGAGGUCCGGACGAGCGACUAAGGCAAGUGGAUGAUGGGGAAAACAUGCGAAGCAUAGAGACAGAGUCCCUACCAUCUUUAAGAGAUCCUGUACCUGAUAUAGCGAGUCCUCUGGAAAGGGUCAUUGCGCGGCAGAGAGCAGAGGAGUACCUGAAGAACACUAUGGGACGUCUAAACAAAGAUACAAACGGCCCUUACUCAGGCAAAGAUCCGCAGUUAUAUAUAAUCGACAUCCCUUCGACUGAUAUCUCGUUACAGCUAAAAUAUAAGGGCAAAUAAAGGAUACCAAUACUACUGGCUUUCCAAUCCAUUCUUCAACAACAGCGUCGCGCAUACCGCGUAGGCUUGCACAUGAAAAGUGGCAAGUGGCUUUGGCAACGUCUUAC